AUGGGUCUUUUCUCUCAUCACCACCACCACGACCAGCCGCAGGGCGGUCCUCCCCCUGGUAACCAAGGACCUCCCGGCGGUGGCCCUCACGGAGGUCCCGGCGGCCCUGGUGGUCCUGGUGGUCCUGGCGGUCCUGGCGGUUUCGGAGGCCCUGGCGGUCAUCAAGGAGGCCCUGGUGGUCACAACGGUCCUGGUGGUGGUGGUCCUGGUGGCCCCGGAGGGCCUCACGGCGGUGGUUCUAAUGGUUCUAACGGAGGACCUGGAGGUCCCGGUGGCCCCCACGGAGGUGGCCCUGGAGGUCAUGGCGGCCAAGGUGGUCCCGGUGGCCCAGGCGGCCAUGGCGGCUGGUAA